UACUACUACUACACUACUUCUCUAUACCACAUCCCCACUCAUUCUAUCCUCAUCAACUCCCUCUUCUCUUCUCCUAACCAUUUUGCCUAAAUUACAAAAAUCUCAUCACUUUUUCUUCUUCUUCAAAAAAAAAAAAUAGUGCUGUAUUGUUAUAUCUACCCUCUCUUUCAAAACCCUACCAAAUAAUCAUGAACAUGAAAGGCAUGACCAAGAAGAAAAUGGGGGGUUUCAUGUGCCACUCUCCCGCGGCAACCGCCGUUUGCAUUACGCCUGAUUCGCGCUCGGCCAUCGUGCCAGGCCGAAGACUCGUACCGGCAGAUCGUUAUGUUACCGCCACUACUACUAGUGGUGAUCGUCACAUUAAUGGGAGAUUAUUCACCACUGCCAAGUACUCGAAACUUGUUCAUCAUCAUCAUCAACACGAUCAUCAUUCUCAAAGAAAGUUGAUCAAUAAUACAAGUACCACAAGUACUAAUUCGGCUCAUAACAAAUCAGUCGUUUUGCCUGCUUCCUUGAUCAAGGGCCCACAAAAAGCUUCAAGGAUUAAUGGUGAUCAUGAUCAUUAUCGUCAGCAAAGACCUCCCAAACCACCACAACUCAUGAUCAAUUCAGUGCCUGAUAAUGUAUUCCAGGUGGUUGUAAUGAGGGUUUCUCUUCAUUGUCAAGGAUGCGCUGGUAAACUCAAGAAACAUCUUUCUAAAAUGGAAGGAGUGACGUCGUUUAGCAUAGAGCUGGAAACGAAAAGGGUAACUGUGAUGGGACACGUGUCGCCCGUUGGAGUUUUGGAGAGCAUCUCCAAGGUUAGAAGAGCAGAGUUCUGGCCCUCUGCAUGUUCUGCUACCGAAUAGCUAUUUUAACCCUAGCUAUUUAUUAAUUAAGGUUUUUCAACUUUACCCAAAAAAUAUGGAACCUAUAUAUAUAUAUAUAAUAUUAUCCCUAUUUAUUUAUAGGAGAGAGAACUCGAACUUAUGUUAUACAUAUCUCAUAUCUCUGAUUAUCAGCUGACUCAGAAGGAAUUUUAUAUGUAGUAUAUUUUGAAGCUUUGCAUGCAUGCCCCUCUCCUUUGUUUGUAGGGCAACUGUCCCAUUGAGUUCAAUGUUAGGCCAAAUGGUCCUAUCACAAAAUAAAAGCUAGGUAGAAAAAAUUCAAAUGGGUAGGUGUGAGAGACUUUGAUAAUGUGAUGACCAACUUGAAGUUAAUUGAAGCUGUAUUGAUAGUGAUAUAUAUCAUGGGUGAAAAUGCUUGAAUUUUA